AAGAUGUUCAGUUUGACAGUAAGUAGCACAUGGUUUGUUGAGUACAUGCUGGAGUGUGCAUGGAGUGUAGGCUAUGCGAGAUAACAAGACAGUUGUAGCAAAAGGGUUGGGGUGGGUGAUGAUGGGCGACAUUCCCAGUCUUCUCCUUAAAGGGCAAUCUGCAGAAACACCCAACAACAACAGGCAUACAGUUUUAUACUCUGUUUUUGUGAAUCAGCGUUUGACAAAUGCAAAUAGGAGUAAGACUUGGCCAGAUUAUGUGGUUGGCUGUAGGCUACCAUGCAUUUGAAACAAUUUGGAUAUGCUUACUAAAGGUGUAGGUUUGACUCGGAAGUGGUGGGGACAUUAAUAUGGUAAAUUGUAAGGGUUUGCUAUUUUUGCAUUAGGUCUGUGAGAAAGUGGAGGGGACAAGCUAGGUUUAUCUCAAAAGGGUGUAUGGACAUGUUCCCUUCCCACCAUCCACACCUUAAAAUUACACCUCUUUAAGUCUAUUAUAUUAUGUAGACACUGGCCCUACUGUACACAGAGGCCUUGAGAUGAUGUAUGACUAUGAGCAUACUACUCCCACACCCCUUCUGUGAAUGAAACUUAUGAUGUUAUGGUUUUUGGAGAGCUUCCCAGGACGCUGCCCUGGGUGUAAAAGAUCUGAGUUGUGUUUUGGGCAGAUAAGUUAACUCGAACCAAACCAAACCCACCCUCCCUCACACACAGCCCGAAGAGAAAUACGUGUGUUUGUUUAUGGCAGGCAGCCUGAUAGUUUUGCUGCCACGUUUGUUGCUUUUGCUUGUGGUCUUUUCCCGAAUAAGUGUCAAUAAUGGAUCAGCAGAAAAUGGAUAUAGUAGUCGGACUGCUUGCCAAAGUUAUUGCUGAAGCUUCAGAUACAGAGAACUCUUGCGAAGUCCUCCUGGCUGGAAAGCAGUACACCACCAUUCAGGAGUUCACAUCCUCCAUCCCCAACCACCUGCUGCUGGGAUCCCUGUUGGAACACCUGUGCCUUGUCUACGAGAGGGAUCCCAACAGGUCACGCAUGCUCUUCAAGGUGAUCGGCCAGAGGCUGGUGGGUAUGAAUCUCCUCUCCCCGCUGGCCAUCAGCGACGAGUUCAGCACGGUGAGGCUGCAACAUAAUCGUGCCUUCACGGAGCUGCUCAAGGCAGCCAGCGCCUCUGUCCUCCCACAGGAUUGUAAAUACCUCAGUGCUGAUGCCCAAAGCAGUCUUUUAAGAACCAAUGAUGGUCUUUUCCACGCACAAACGUCUCGGUAUCUUAGUGAAUUUGAAGAGGUUUCAGCUCUCGGCAAAGGUGCCUACGGAAAAGUCUUUGAGGUCCUCAAUAAGCUGGAUGGGCAACAUUACGCUGUGAAGAAAAUUCUCAUCAGAAAUGUGACAAGAGAAGAUUGUGUGAAAGUUCUCAGAGAGGUGAAAGUCUUGUCAAGUCUACAGCACCCCAACAUUGUAGGCUACCAUACGGCAUGGAUGGAGCAUGUUCAACCAGCAACAACCAGCCAGUGGCUUAAAGAAUCCUUAGCAAAAUCGUCAAUACCAGCCAUUGAAGACCAGAAGCCAUCACUAAGGUAUCAAGAGGAAAGUAUCGGUAGCAGUAACGGUUCUUCAAUAGUAUUUGAGGGCUCCGACUGCCCCAGGGACUCUGUGACGCCAGACGUCAGCAGCUCGCUAGCAAACAUGUCUCUGGUCGCCGGAGCCGCCGGAGCUACUGGCGGCGUAGACACCUCUAAGGCCGCGCUCACCAAAGUCUUGCAGCGGAAUGCGGAUAACUACGUGCCUUGCGUUUACCUGGGCCAGCCGGCCGUGGCGGCGACGGCCUCUCCCACCUGUCCUGUGAUGAGCUGGGAAGACUCUGCCCUGUCGGAGGAUGGCAACAAGGAGGAGGUGAACAACAACUCCUACCUGGACGUAGACAGCAGCCAGCCGUGGGCCGAGAGGCAGCCACGAGAGGUGCAGUUCCACCUGAUGCUUUAUAUUCAAAUGCAGCUUUGUGAAAGCUCUCUAAAGGACUGGAUCCAGGAGAGAAAUUCGCAACCCAAAGAAGAGCUUGCUCACGGCUCAGAUUUACAUACCGGUAGUUCCAAGGACACGGAACAACUGUUUUGUAUAUUCCGCAAAAUACUGGAAGGCGUACAAUAUAUCCACUCCAGAGGAAUUAUGCACAGAGAUCUGAAGCCAAGAAAUAUAUUUCUGCACGGACACGUGAACCAUGUAAGGAUUGGCGAUUUUGGACUGGCCUGCAAGGAUAUUAUUGUGGAAGAUGACGAACAGGAACUGUCCGCUACACCUUGCAAUGGUUCAAUACACACGACCGGUGUUGGGACGUUUGUUUAUGCGGCACCAGAGCAACUGGAGGGCUCACAUUAUGACUCAAAGUCGGACAUGUUCAGCGUGGGGGUGAUCGCAGUGGAGCUCUUCACGCCGUUCGGCACGGAGAUGGAGCGCGUGCACCGCCUCGGGGAGCUGCGGCAGGGCCUCGUCCCUGACAGCCUGAGCCAGCACUGGCCGGCGCUCGCCCAGUACGUCCAGCUGCUCACCAGUAGGGACCCCGCGCAGAGGCCCAGUGCCACCCAGCUGCUGGAGAGCGAACUCUUCAGCUCCAAAGACAAGGUCAUCCACAGUUUGCUGAAGAAGAUUGAUGAACAGGAGGAGGAGCUAAAUAAACUGCGAAGGCAAAUCAGCCAAUUGCAGAGCUCACAGGAUGCACAGGAGGCGGAACCUUCUCCAUGUUCUCCACCCAGCUAACCCUAAAGGAACUGUACAUAAGCUGUCCGUGAAGUAUUGUUGUGAAUGCAUUUAUGUGUGAAUAGAGGACUGGAUGUAUUUAAGCGUGCCAUACUUUUUAGAAACUGCAAAAAAAUAAAUUUUAUUUAAGUGUUAAAACACUUUUGUGGUUUCAAUACUUUUGUUCAAUGCAUGUUUGUUUCACCUUGUACUACCACAAUACAUACACUUGCAAACCACUUAGAUUUAACUACCAUGCAAGGAAUGGGAGAUGGAGCUCAGCAAACUCAAAUACUUUGGCUGCAAACAAAGCAUCCUUUUUUGAGGCAGAACUGGUUUCCCACAUGCAUCAGCACAUUUUGUGAAUGGGCACACUGCAACUAGUCUGUUCUGGGAAGACAGUGGAUGACUGGGUGCCCACACGUAUAAUAUAAUGUAAUAAGCUUUACCGAAGUGUUCUACACUGGCA